AUGGGAUUGGUCGAGCGCGGUGGCCCCGCCCUUCUUUUUACAAUUUCCCGUGGCCGUCGACGGGCUGUCCAGUUCCCCAUGGCCGUCGACGUGCCUGUCCAGUCCCCAGUGGCCGCGACCCUGCCUGACCUCAUCCCUUUCCUCAAGCCUCCUCGCAGGCCGCCGGACCCUGCCCCCUUCCUGGACAGUCCUCUCAGGCCGCCACAUCCUGCCUCCUUCCUGGAUGCUCCUCUCAGGCCGCCAGACCCAGCCCACUUCUUUGACCCUCCUCUCAGGCCUCCUGACCCCACCCCCUACCUGUACCAUCCUCCCAGGCCGCCGGACCCCACCCCCUUCAUCAAGCCUCCUUCCAGGCCCCCUGACCCCGCCCCCUACCUGGACCAUCCUCCCAGGCUGCUGGACCCCGCCCCCUUCCUCAAGCCUCCUCCCAGGCCUCCUGACCCGCCCCUUAUCUGA